AUGGGAGAACGAAGGGUGGAAGGGGUGGAUCCGCCGUUGCAGAAGUGGCAGCUGGGGAUGGUGUUCAUCCCGGACAGCAUCGGGUACCUGCUCGGCACGAACUGCUUCGGGGCGUGGGCGUAUCGGGUCGGGCGACAUCAGGUGGCGGCGGCGGCCAUGGUCCUCACCGGCUUCUGCGCCUUCAUGAUCCCGUCGGCCCGGUCGGUGUGGGUGCUGGGCAUCCCCCACUUUGGGAUGGGGCUCGGGAUCGGGAUGGUGGACUCGGCGCUCAUGCCGCUCCUCGCGCACCUCCUCGACCUGCGCUACACGGCGGUCUACGCCAACGUAUAUGCGAUCGCGCAGGCUGCCGUCUCCCUCGCUUACUCCUUGGGUCCGCUGCUGGGAGGGCUGACGGCCAGGUCGUGGGGCUUCCCGUGGCUCAUGCGCUCCGUUGGCAUCAUGAACCUCGUCUACUCUCCGCUCUGCUUCCUUCUCCAGACGGACCACGUCCCCGAAGAGACGCAGCCCAUCACCCUGAAGGCGAGGGAGGAGCCGGGCUCGUACAAGACGACCGAGUCGAUCUCCAACGAGGCCCUUCGCCGGUACGGGAAGCUUCAGGAAUCCGAUUCCGAUUGAUGGAUGACCCGGCCUCCGCGUCCCCGCUUCCGCGCCUCGCUCCCUGGCUUCUGCGCAUCCUCUCUCCCGUCUGGUCCGGGGGGCAGACGAGCCGCGUCUCGUUCCGUGUUCGUGUCGUGUCGUCGGAGU